AAAUGUAGUUAUAAAUGGUGACUUUUUAGAGAUAAAUAAAAGUUACCAAUUUAAUGUUGAUAAUUUAUCAUCGCUAAAAUGUUACAUAUAUGUUGACUUUUUAGUAUUAUUCAAAAGAUAGCAUUUUAUUGUUAACAUUUUACUAACAAUUUUGGGUUAACAUUUUGCUAAUAUUAUAGUAUUUCAUUUUGUUAUCAAUUUGUUGACAUUUAGAUGUUUUCAACCACAAAAAAGGCGGUAAACGCUGUACAAGCCGCCAUUUCGGAUAUAUAUAUAUAUAUAAACGCUCGAGUGUGAUGUGAACAACAUAACCUAAUAUUAUUUUGUCUUUUAAUUACUGUGAAAUAAUUUAUAAUAUAAUUUAUAGCUAUUGAUUAACAAUACUCAACGGUUCAUAAAAGCCGUUUUUCAGGAGCUGUCGAUCAAGCUAAUGAUGAGCCUUUGCCAUUGAUUGAUGGGCUUAACUUUUUUGAUCAACCAGUAACCCGAUCAGAGUAUUAGUUACUUAAUUUCCAUGUAAACAAUCAAGUUGCUAGUGGUGAUAAUGAUUCGAUUCUUACUGAGUUCAUAAAAGAGUGGCAUGUUAAACAUAAAAUCACACGUGAAGCGACUGACGAACUUUUACGCAAACUUCAAUCAUAGUCUCAAGAACAAUGUUUCUAUGCAAAAUGAAUUUAAAGACAUGAUACGGAAAGCUGGUGGUCGCAAUGUACAAAAAGCCACUCGUUUUGCAUUGGAAUCAUUCAUUUCUGAUGAGUUGGCAAAACAAGUGACAUGGUCCGGAUUACACAGUGAGAUUAAAAUAUCAGCAUGUUUCUUCGUAGAAAUUAUUAGUGAAAUUUUAUUAAGCACUUUGAACGUUACGAAACCUGAUGUUGAACAUCAAAUGAAAGCCUGGUUUCAACGCGGUAGUGACCGAGCCAAUAAGAAUACCGAUCCUACAAAUGGUUCUGUCAAAAAGCAAAAAGUUGCCAAAUAAUUUGUAGUUACGAUCUUUAUAUUUACAAGUUGUUUUCAAAAAACUUUUUUUUAAUAGUAUAAAGAGUUUUCUGUUCUCUAAGCCUAAAUUAAUGAUCUCAAAACAUAAAAGUAAGCUUAUCAGAUAAAAAUAAAACUAUAAGUUAGUGUCACCAGUGCGCUAGUCACAACAACUAGUCUUGAUAUUAAGCUCACAAUUAUUAUUACUAUUAUUGUUAUUAAUAUAAAACCUAUGAAUGUUGUAAAGAAAUUGUUAAUAAAUUUAAGCAUUCCAAUUAUAAAAAA